UAAAAAAAACCCGCCUCGACCUCUCUCCCACUUCGUCGUACUUCUCCUCUCUUUCAGCAUAUCUUCUUCUGAAACGUUUAUAAGCUUAACCUCUGCAAAAAUACAUUUUGUUGUUCUUGUUCCUUCCCCCCUAUUUUCUCUUUCCUCUUUACUCACCAUUCACCAAUGCCAUAACCACAAAAACAAAAAACCUCCACUUCCCCUGCAAAACAAAAUAAACAAAAAAAUGGCAUCAUCCCAAAAGCCAUGUACAACUCAUGAACUUAAACAAAAAGUUUUCACCUCCAUUGAUAAACUCUCAGACAGAGCAACUUUUUCUCAAGCUUCAUCUGAACUUAAUUAUCUAGCUAAAACUCUCUCUCUUGAUUUCCUCCCUUCAUUUCUCUCAUGCAUUUUAUCCAUUGAUUCUUCUUCAAAAUCCCCAGUUCGUGUUCAUUGCAUUACAUUACUUUCAAUUCUCUCUGACACCCACAAAUCCUCUCUCUCUCCUCACAUACACAAAAUCAGCCAGUUUUUGGUACGUCGUUUACGAGAUUCUGACACUUCUGUGCGCAAUGCGUGCGUUUGCGCAGUUUCAACACUUUCACAUCUAAAUUUCACAUCUUUACUUGAAACAUUUCUGGGUUCGAUAUCAAUUGAACAAGAUUUAAAUACCCAGAUCGGAUGUUGCUUGUGUUUGAAGGGUGUUAUUGAAAAUGGGGUUUUGGAGGAGAGAGAAGAAGGGGAUUUAAGGAAGAGGGUUUUGCCAAAAGUGAUGAAAUUGUUGAAGAGUGAUGGGUUUAAGGCUAAAGGAGCUUUGUUGGGUGUUAUUCAGAUUGUUGUUGGGGUAAAUGAUGGGGUUGUGAUUAAUAAUAAUUGUAAAAGUUUGGUGGGAAAUGUGGUUGAUCUUACUGUUGAAAUGUUAAGUUCUGAAGAUUGGAUGGCUAGAAAAUCUGCUGCUGAAGUUUUGCUUAAGAUGGCGCUUGUUCUUGAUGAUGAUUCUGCUGCUCAAGUAAAGAUUUUUGUUGUUAAUUCUCUGGAUUCCAGGAGAUUUGAUAAGGUUAAGGUUACUCGUGAGAUAAUGAACAGGGCAUUGGAGGCAUGGAGGGAGGUACCUGGUGGUCCAAUGGAAGAAAUUGUUUUAUCUAGAUCUAACUCAUCUAUUUCAAAAGAGAGUGGUACAGGUGGGGUUUCACCUUCUAUCCCAAGGAGAUUUUCAUAUGCCAGUUCUGAAACUCCAAAACCAAAGAAAAGAAUGGCCAAAAGUAGGUCAUCUCUGUCUGAUGUUCCAGUUGCCACUUCCCCAUCCAUGUCCCCAAGCACUCAAGAUAGUAGCAUCGGACUUGAAACGCCACAAAGGAGGACAACACUGUCGAAGAGCCGAUCUUCCUUGUCUGAUGACUCAACCAUAACUGAUUCUUCUUGGGCCUCAAAAAGUUCCCAUGAUGUUAGUAUUGAAGCUGCUCAAUCUAGAAAACUAAUAACGUCCAGGAAUAGGUAUUCUUUUCCCGAUGAUUUGGCCGCGACAAAGAAAUCAAGUGUGUACCAAAAUGCCGACUCUAAGAAACCGUCAGACUGGAAAAUUAAAGUAGCCGUUCUGCAUGAUCCUUCUGAAAACAUUGUAUCAGAAGAAGAUGAUGAGAGCAACUUUGUAAAGGAAAGCUCCGAGAAAAGGGUGCCAAAAUUUAGUGUUUCCAAAUCCGGUUAUCGUGAAAUUCCUUUUUUUGAGGAAAAUAAGGCUCCUCAGAGGUCAGAGUUAGAAGGAGGAAAUGAAGCAGUUGGUGAAAGCAAUGCAGACUCCGAAGAUCUGUCUUUAAUCAGAAAGCAGCUUGUUCAGAUUGAGAGACAGCAAUCUGACCUGUUAGCUCUCAUUCAGAGAUUUAUGGGCAAUUCUCAAAGUGGGAUUGACUCCUUGGAGACUCGAGUAUCUGGGCUCGAAAAAGCAUUGGAUGAGAUUUCCUAUGAUUUGGCCAUGCAAAGUGGAAGAAUUACAAACAAUGACUCUGUAGGAAGCACAUGCUGCCCUACUACGGAAUUCCUAAGCCCAAAGUUCUGGAGAAGAACGGAAGGAAGGUCCUCUGUUUCAAAGUCAUCUUACUCUGCAAUUAUUUCGAGUAAAGAUGGCAAUGUCGAAACACCUCAGAUGGAUGGCUAUAAUAAGCAUAACGACCAGAAUGACGGUUUGUAUAGGGAAUCAUGGGGGAGUGUCAGAGGAAUUGGCCAAAGUUCGCAGAGAGGAAGAAAUUGCAGUCCAAGAAGCUUUGAUUCAGCUUCAACGGCUACUUGUAUUACUUCAGUGGUUCGAGGAGUAUGAACUGAAGCAUCUGCAAUUGAUGAAAUUAAAUGGCACGGUUGAGAUCCCAAAUUUUUAGCAGUUAGACAUGGGCUUGAUGUAUACUUGUAUUUGAUGAUCAAGGCUCGUACUGAAGUUUGUAAAUUACUACUUUGGUUCAUUUGAGGAGUGUAUCAUGUAAAAUUAACACCGAAAUCAGUCAAUGGUCGAUAUGAACAUCCUCCUUGUAAUUUUCCAGAUGAUUCAUUUUGCAGUUCGGCUGGCUCGAACAGCUGCUAACCAUCACCAUUGCUGUCACUUUUGCUGAGAGCUAGUACUUGAUUUUUCCGGAUUUUUUUUUGCUGUGGCCUGUGGGAGGCAUGUAUAUGUGAUGUUUUGUACAGGGAAAAGAAUUAUGACCAAUAAUGGAUGUUUGCCUUUGAUUUUA